AUGGAGUGUUACUACAUUGUCAUCAGCUCCACGCAUCUCAGCAAUGGGCACUUUCGCAACAUCAAGGGAGUUUUCCGAGGUCCCCUCAGCAAGAACGGGAACAAAACUCUGGAUUAUGCUGAGAAGGAGAACACAAUAGCAAAGGCUCUAGAAGACCUAAAGGCCAAUUUCUACUGUGAACUCUGUGACAAACAGUAUUACAAACAUCAGGAGUUUGACAAUCAUAUUAAUUCAUAUGACCAUGCUCACAAGCAGAGGCUCAAAGAUUUAAAACAAAGAGAAUUUGCAAGAAAUGUAGCAUCUAAAUCCAGGAAAGAUGAAAGAAAACAGGAAAAGGCUCUUCAACGACUACACAAGCUGGCAGAGCUACGGAAAAAAGCCACGUGUGCUCCUGGAAGUGGUCCUAUGUUCAAGUCAACAACUGUUACAGUAAGAGAGAAUUUUAAUGAAAUUUCACAAAGAGAUAUGGUAGAUUCAGUAAAUAAAGAGGAAGAAUUCAAGGAUACCUUGAUUCACAGUUAUCAGAAUGCUAAAGAUUCUGAGGUUGUUGCUUCAGCUCCAGAAAGUUCAAAUAAUCAUAAGGCAAAACCCAACAAUCUUGGAGACCAAGCACCAGGAGUACAUGGGCAGAAGGUUGGCUUUUCUUUUGCCUUUCCAAAGAAAGCAUCAGUGAAGCUGGAAUCUUCAGCAGCAGCUUUCUCUGAAUUCAAUGAUGAUGCUUCUGCAGAAAAUGGUUUUAACAGAAAAAGUAGAUUUGUCCCUGGAGUUUCCCACCAUCUAUUGUCUUUACCAACAGAAGUAGUUUUGAAUCCUGAAGAAAAGCCAAAUUCAUUUCAUCCACUUGGGGAGAUGUACUCUGAAAAAGAAGAAACUCCUCAAACUACAGAGACAAAAGAACCUGUGAAUAAAGAUGAUGCUUUAUUAGUGCUCCCUUUUUGCCAGCCAAAACUACCAGUGUCAGCUGAUUCUGGGGGCUAUGUAAAUCCAACUGUAUUACCAGAUCAGAUAAAACCCAAAGAUGUCGUUAUUAAUCAAGACAUAUCUAUAGAAUCUAAUGGAUCUGAAAUAUUAGGAAAUAAAUCAGCAUCUAUUUCCAUUGGUAACGAUUGUUUGUCUUCACCCACUAUCCAAGAAGAAAGUCCUAAAAAUCUUUGUAAUGAUUCAUCCCUUAAUGAACCUGAAGGUAAAACACUGGAGCCUGAAAUUUUAGUCCCGCCAGAAAUUGAAGGGGACAGUAAAACUUUGCAAAAUAGAGAGAACAUAUGUAGAAGACCAGAGGAGCCUUUUGUGCCUGUGCUUAGCAAGUAUGGAUCAACAGUUCUUCAAUGGCCAUCUGAAAUGUUGGUUUAUACAAGUACUGAACCAUCAAUUUCUUAUAGUUGUAAUCCUCUAUGCUUUGACUUUAAGUCUACUCGAUCAAGAAACAGUCUUGAGAAAAAUAAGCUUAAUUUAAAUGUUCUUCAUUCUCAGCAUAUGACUGAUUUUUGCAGGAGUCCAGAUAUAGACCGCAAGGAUGAUUCCAUUGCAGAGGCCAAUGAUUAUGAAAUUGAAAGUAGCAAAAAUGAGUAUAACCAUGCCAUGUCACAUAUAACUGAUGAUAAUUUUACCAAAGGCUGUGAUUUUGGAAAGAGCAAGGAGGAUAUAGAUACAAAGCUUGAAGAUGAUACAUAUAGGAUUGGAAAACCAGAUAAAUUCAUCUUCACCAGAAAACAAGUACGGCAAGAUACUAUGGAUGAGAAACACAACAAAACAUGGUUAAAGGAAACUCAUGAAAACUGGUUUCACAGAAAUAGAAAAAAGAAAAGAAGAAGAAAGUUAUGUCACCAUCAUUAUGGGGAAGUAACCAAAGAAGAGUCAGAUGCUUCUUUCAGAAUGGAGCCAGAGACUAAUCAUGUUGAUGAAGCAAAGAACCAUGAGUUGGAAGCAACUUCAGAACAAGGUAGUGAUGAAUGUAAGAAUACCUGGCUAACUAAAGAGCACUUACAAGAACCACAUGAAUUACAAGAUAAAAGGCCUAAAUCAAUGUCCAUCUAUCUACACAAGAAAAAAGGAACCUGUAAGAUCUGGAAUACAAAGCAGAACAAUGGUGAAGCUGUCAGUUCUAAAAAUUUCCAUAGAAAGAGCAAAACUAUUUUACAUGGUCCAACAAAACAAAUGUUAUUCAAUUCUGGAAAACAUAAUUUAACAUACUCCAGAACAUUUUCUAGUUGGAAAGUCAGAACAUCUAGCUGUAGCCCAGACCAUACUUGUUUAGUACACCAAAAUGAGGUGAAAUGCCUGGGUCAGAACCCAUCCAUCAAGAGAGGAUACAAUUCACUUAUUAAAGAACCUGAAAGAUCCUAUCGAAAAAAGAGACAGUACACAAACUCUUGCUCAUCAGAUGAAAGCUUAUACAGACAGAAUUGUUUAGCUGAACAGCAUUUGAGACCAACAAGGACUUUGGCUAAAUCCUAUAAACCUAAGAAAAAACGAAGGAGAAAAAGAACUAGACUUCAUUCUGGAUUUAGAGACCAGGAGCUAAGAAGGAAAUUAAGUUAUAGCUGUUUGAAAGAAAAAUCUCUGUCAAGCAACCUGGGUGAGUUAAUGACUCAGGAUGAAACAAAAGAAGCAAAACCACAGCCCAUCAUUGAUUUUGCAAGAAGUACAGAGCAAACAGAGGCAGAGGAGAACAAGUUAACUUUCAAUUCCUCUGGUCUCAUUCACCCAGAAACUAACAGAGAUAUCGAGUAUAUGCAAAUGGAGAAUAUUCCAGGUAAACUUCCGGAAGCUUUCAAACAUUCUCCUGACUCUAUAGCCCUGUCAAAGGUACCAACUGAGAACAUGAUGGAGCAAAAAGAAAAACAUGAAAAUGAAAAGCUUCCUCCUUUGAAGCUGCCUAACAUUGAAAGGAGUUUUGGUCCACCUCCGCCCAAAUCCUUUCUUUGCCAUUAUGAACUUGCUGAGGCCCUACCCCAAGAGAAGAUGAAUGAAGCAGCAAGUGAAUGGCUUAGAUAUAAUUCAGGAAUCCUUAACAGCCAACCACCAUUACCAUUCAAAGAAGCACAUAUAAAUGGUCACACCUUUUUAACUACAGAGCAGAUCCUUGCCCCAUUAGCUUUGCCAGAUCAAACAUUACUGUUCCCUCUAGAAAACCAUGAAAAAUUCAAAGAUCUGCCAUGUGAGGCCUACCAGCACAUCAUGCCCCCAAGCCUGUUGCCUACCAAGGUCAAGUUGACCUUUGCUCCACCCACCCUGCAGCCAGCCAGCCCUCCUCUGCAGCCUCUGCCUUUGCAGCAGCCCCUAUGUUCUACCUCGGUAACCACGAUCCACCACACAGUUCUGCAGCAACAUGCUGCUGCUGCUGCAGCUGCAGCUGCCGCCGCUGCCGCUGCAGGAACCUUCAAAGUGCUCCAGCCCCACCAACAGUUCCUCUCCCAAGUUCCCACUCUCACCAGAACACCUUUACCUCAGAUUUCAGUAGGACCCAGACUUUGCCCCGCGGGUCACACGACUUUUGUUACACCUCCUCAGUUGCCUAUCAUUCCAUCAUCAGUUCUUCAUCCCAGCCACCUGGCUUUCCCCCCUCUACCCCAUGCACUUUUCCCUUCUCUGCUUUCACCCCACCCCACUGUCAUUCCUCUCCAACCUCUCUUUUAG